AAUAUUAAAACGUCGACGUCGGCGACAAUCACACUUUCCGGACGUGGUGAAACCAACCCGGAGGGAAAGCAAACCUAGGAAGCCAGCCAUGGCAACACCUACAAAAGUAGUGUUGUUGGCCUGUGGAUCGUAUAGUCCGGUAACCAACAUGCAUCUCCGGAUGUUUGAAUUAGCCAAAGACACACUGAACAAAACGGGUCGAUACAGUGUAAUAGCUGGCAUCAUGUCACCAGUUAGUGACGGCUAUGGAAAGAAGGACUUGGUUCCUGCCAAACACAGAUGUGCUAUGUUGAAAAACGCUCUCAAGACCAGUGAAUGGAUCAGAUUGGACACCUGGGAAUGUGAGCAGGCUACCUGGACAGAGACUGCCAAAGUGUUGUCACACCACCGCUCCGUACUGGAGAAGUCCUGUAGGGUUAAUACAAAACCAGCUCCAACCAAAAAGAGGCGGAAAGAUCUACACAAUGAGAGUAUCAAUGAAGAUGAGAUUGACAGGGGUAUAGAGAUCCCUAACUCCUACAACACACGGCUGUCCACCGGAGUGUCCAACAAGGACAAUGUGGUGGUCAAACUUCUGUGUGGAGGUGACCUCCUCGAGUCCUUCGGCACCCCCGGGCUGUGGAAGGAAGAAGAUAUUGAAAAUAUUGUCAGCAACCAUGGCCUCGUGUGCAUAACAAGGGCUGGCUCUAACCCAAGGAAGUUUAUCUAUGAGUCAGACAUCCUCAGUAAAUACCAGGAAAAUAUUUUCAUUGUGACAGAAUGGAUAGAAAAUGAUAUAAGUGCAACAAGAAUCAGGAGGGCAAUUCGGCGAGGGGAGAGUGUGAAAUAUCUUAUACAAGAUCCAGUGAUUGACUAUAUCAAGGAACAUGGUCUUUACGGGGUGUCCAACAAUAAGUAUAUCAAUGAUUUCCUUAAGUCACCCCUAGAUGAUCCAACUAUCUUCACGGACUUUGUUGACGCCCCGCUACAUGUGGACCUCCCUGAUGUGACACGCCCACCGAUGCCAAACCCACGGACAUAUAUGGACGAAUAUGAUGCUCCACGAUCUCCAAAACGUCAACUCGGUUCAGAACACUAUGAUGAAUGUCCCAGGUCUCCAAAGUCGCCACGCAAUGUGCCAUGCAUGACCGACAUCGGAACUUUGGUGCGACGCGUGAGAAAUUACAACUUGUCCCGUGGGAUCCCUCACCAGAAAAUGGAUCACCUGUAAGAAACACCAAUGACUAAGGCCGCGCGGUCUGGUGCAUCGCUUGCUCUGUAUUGUAUUUGUCAUACUGUUGCUGCACUUUGAGAGUAUCAGAUUACUCAUGUAAUAACACUUUAUACCACUGCGUGAAACAUCCUUUACACUACUGCAGUACCCAUCCAGUGUGUAAUGCUUUUUAAUGUACUGUUGCAGUGAAGUAAAUUUAAAACUUUGCUUAUAAGAUAUGAUCAACAUUUGAAAGACUAUUACCAUGAUUUGUAGUAUUUCAUUCUUUACAUUGAAUAAUAUCAAGAUUAUUCAGAAAUUUUAUAAUACUUAAGUAAAUAAAUUGUAGAACACCAAGCUUAAAAGAAAAGUGCUGGUCUGACUAAAGCUGAUCAUCAGAAACAUCUAUUAUUCCACCAUUUAAUUUAGUUCUAUGUAAAAGCUAUACAUCAAUAUCCAGUUGUUUGGAAUACAUGCAGCCUCGAACAAAUCUCUUUGUUAAAUAGUAAGUGAGUAAUCGAGUGAUAUGACAAUUUACAUAUAUGGAAAAUAAAGAGAGUCUCAUGAUAUUAAUUACUUACGGUACAUUUUAAUGCAAACAAAGUUUUAAAAUACAAAUAUUAUGCACCAGGCUGAUUAGUUUAAGAAGAGAAGAUAUACACCAAAUACCAAAUUUAUUAAUUUGAAAUGAGAAUUUAGUGAGGGUUCGUAAUGGGUUUUGUAUCUUAACACCAGCUAGGAAUCCCUAUAGUUUUAAAAACCACACUUAUAAGGAGCAGAUUUGAAGUACGGGUUUAUCAUUAUUUGAAUCUAAAGGGUUCCCCAUUUUUAAUUAUUCUUUUAAAGUAUAGAAUAUACUGAUUGUAUGUAGGAAUCAGUGUUAUUGAAUAUAACUUAAAAGUGCCAAAUCCCAGAGUCGAUUGUAUGUUCUUAAUCAUGUUAAGUAUUUAUGAAUAAAAAUGUGUAUAAGAAAGGAUGAUAUAAUUGCUAAAACUGGUAGACUUCAUUUUCUGAAUACCCGACCCGGUACAUGUAAUGUGAAAUAGUUGGAUUAUCUCCCCUUACGUUAGGCAGCAAACAGGAAUUACAGUAUACCAUCGCAUUAGGGUAUUGGAUUUGAAACGUGAUUUCCUGGAGUAAAAUGAUUAAAAGAAUCAGUAAAAUAAAAACCUAUCUCUAAAAUAUUUACAAUAAAACCGAAACAGUAUAAACAAAAUGUC